AUGUAUGGAUAUGAGACAAUGACUGUUGUGCAGGAGGCUACUCUUCCUGUCAUUCUCAAAGGUAAAGAUGUCCUAGCCAAGGCCAAAACAGGCACCGGGAAAACUGUAGCGUUUUUGCUUCCAUCAAUCGAAGUAGUUGUGAAGUCUCCUCCUACGAGCCCUGAUAAUAAACGACCCCCGAUCCUUGCGCUUGUGAUAUGCCCAACUAGAGAACUUGCUAGUCAAGCCGCUACGGAAGCAAACACCUUGCUCAAGUAUCAUCCAUCUAUUGGUGUUCAAGUUGUGAUUGGAGGCACAAGACUUGGUUUAGAGCAAAAGCGUAUGCUAACAAAUCCUUGCCAGAUUUUAGUUGCUACCCCUGGAAGGCUUAAAGACCAUAUUGAGAACACUCCAGGAUUUGCAACAAGGUUAAAGGGUGUGAAAGUCCUUGUGCUUGAUGAAGCUGAUCAUCUUUUAGACAUGGGUUUUCGCAAGGACAUUGAGAGGAUCAUUUCCGCGGUUCCUAAGGAGAGACAAACUUUUCUAUUUUCCGCCACAGUUCCUGAAGAGGUUCGCCAAAUCUGCCUUAUUGCUCUGAGGCGGGAUCACGAGUUUGUCAAUUGUGUUCACGAAGGCGCUGGAGAGACACAUCAACAGGUCAGACAAGUGCACAUGAUUGCCUCACUGGACAGACAUUUCUCUCUUGUAUACACUAUUCUUCGAGAACACAUUGCAGAUAACGCAGACUAUAAGGUCAUUGUCUUCUGCACAACUGCUAUGGUUACAAAAUUAGUGGCUGAUCUACUUGGUGAGCUAAACUUAAACGUGAGAGAGAUCCAUUCCAGAAAACCGCAGAGUUACAGGACAAGGGUUUCUAACGAGUUCCGCAAAUCCAAAGGUUUGAUUCUCGUGACAUCUGAUGUAUCUGCUCGGGGAGUCGAUUACCCUGAUGUGACCCUCGUUUUACAGGUGGGAUUGCCGAAAGACAGAGAGCAGUAUAUACACAGACUCGGUAGAACAGGGCGAAAAGGGAAGGAAGGAGAAGGGAUAUUGUUGUUGGCGCCAUGGGAGGAAUACUUCAUAUCAUCUCUUAAAGACUUACCCAUCACGAAGUCUCCUCUGCCAUCAAUAGACACAGAAACUGUAAAAAAGGUGCAAAAGGCGCUAUGCCAUGUGGAGAUGAGGAACAAGGAGGCGGCGUAUCAAGCUUGGUUGGGUUACUACAACUCACAGAAGAUGAUUGCAAGAGACAAAGACAGGCUUGUGGAGUUGGCUAACGAGUUUAGUCGUAGUAUGGGACUUGACAAUCCUCCUGCUAUACCCAAACUUAUUCUCGUGCAAAAGAACCUUGGACUUUGUAGACGUGGAGGCGGACCCCAGAUAGUGGACACAAAAUCAAAAUACACGCACUAUCGACGCGUGAGAAACACUGCCAUAUACAAAUUUGUAAAUUUUUGCCAAACGGGAAAAUCAAGCGCGUGGUUUAUCAGUCAAAAACAAAUCUCUUAUCGUCAAAAGUGUCUCCUUCGUAACUCCAAAACUCCGAUCGAUCGAUAUUUUCAUUGCCCUCCGUCGUCUUUGCAUAUGGCGUUUGCUCCAAUCCUCCGCCGCGUCUCCGCCGCUAAAAACCUCUUCUCGUUAUCGAGAAUCGCCGUUGGUUCCUCUCCCUCCGUUAGAUCUCUGCAUACCGGAGCCUCCGGUGAUGAUCAUCAGCUCCAUCCGUCGUCCAUCGCUGGGUAUCACGUGAGCUCCGGCGGAUACAUGCGCGGAGUCGUGCACCGCGAGCCUAAUCAGCCUCUAACCAUCGAAGAAUUUCACAUUCCCCGACCUAAAGUCAAUGAGAUUCUCAUCAAAACCAAGGCUUGUGGAGUUUGCCACUCUGAUCUCCAUGUGAUGAAAGGAGAGAUACCAUUCUCUAGCCCUUGUGUUAUUGGUCACGAGAUCACCGAUUUCCAGUUGGGUCUCGUGUGGUUGGAGCUUUCAUUAUGCCGUGUGGAACCUGUUCUUACUGUGCUAAGUAUGGGAGGGAUGGCUGAGUAUUGUGUCACACCAGCUCACGGGUUAGCUCCUCUACCAGAGUCUUUGCCUUACACUGAAUCAGCGAUUCUAGGGUGCGCUGUGUUCACAGCAUAUGGUGCUAUGGCUCAUGCUGCUGAGAUCCGUCCUGGAGAUUCCAUCGCAGUCAUUGGAAUUGGUGGUGUUGGCUCCAGCUGUUUGCAGAUAGCGAGGGCUUUUGGAGCCUCUGACAUAAUUGCUGUGGAUGUUCAGGACGAUAAAUUGGAGAAAGCCAAGACACUUGGUGCUACUCAUAUUGUCAAUGCCGCUAAAGAAGAUGCUGUCGAAAGAAUAAGAGAAAUAACAGGUGGGAUGGGUGUUGAUGUUGCGGUUGAAGCCUUGGGAAAGCCUCAAACUUUCAUGCAGUGCACACUAAGCGUGAAAGAUGGUGGAAAAGCUGUGAUGAUUGGACUCUCACAAGCUGGUUCCGUUGGAGAAAUAGACAUAAACCGACUUGUUCGUAGGAAGAUCAAAGUAAUAGGGUCAUACGGAGGAAGGGCAAGGCAGGAUCUUCCUAAAGUGGUGAAACUGGCAGAGUCAGGGAUCUUCAAUCUAGCAAACGCAGUUUCAAGCAGAUACAAGUUUGAAGAUGCAGGAAAAGCAUUUCAAGAUCUCAACCAAGGAAAAAUCGUGAGCCGUGGUGUUGUUGAGAUACCAUAAUUGUAAACUAAACCCGCCCUCUUCAAAGGAUUUCGAUUCAGGUUUUGGUAAUGGCUGCUUCAUGCCUGAUUUUAGUUGCUACAAUCUUUAGAAUUUUUGUUUUCAUUGUUAUCUGACUUUUGAAGCUUACUUGAGUCUACUUCUAAGUCCAUAGGACCAUAGCAAUGUCUUUUGAAUCAAUAAAGGUGAACAACGUAUGUUUUCUGGUGUUAUGUUUCAAGUAGAUUCAAGUUAUGAAUCGGCUUUACUACGAAAAGUACUUGAUAAAGUCUGAUCUACC